AUAUUAAAAGGCGGUGUGUUUAGCGCUCUAGAGGCAAACCACGACACCCUUCUAUUUUACUCACGGCUAAAAAAUUAGCCACGCCACCGUCUCUAACGCAGCCAAACCCAAUUUUAAUACUCACUUGUAAUUUCAUCAUUCCUUCUUUUAUUUGCCCAACAAACUAUCUCUUUCCUCUUUUCUCGCAAUUCCCAUUUCUCCUGAUUUCCCCCCAUUUUCUCUCUCCUCUUCCUCCGACCACAACAAUGGCUUCGGGUCUCCUCCGCCGCACCACCACCACCGCUACAACCUCGCCGCUCAGCCGUCUACUCCUCUCCCGCCUCCACGCCUCCGACGCCUCCGCCUCCACCGCAUCAUCGCCGCCACCAAAAUCGAUGAAAACCUUCCAAAUCUACCGCUGGAACCCCGACAAUCCUUCCAAACCUGAGCUCAAAAACUACGAGAUCAACCUCAAGGAGUGCGGCCCCAUGGUCCUCGACGCUCUCAUCAAGAUCAAGAACGAAAUCGAUCCUUCUCUCACCUUCCGCCGAUCUUGCCGCGAAGGAAUUUGUGGCUCCUGCGCUAUGAAUAUCGAUGGUUGUAAUGGCCUCGCUUGUCUUACGAAGAUCGAUUCGUCGGCUUCGGCUGCUUCGAUGAUUACGCCGUUGCCGCAUAUGUUUGUGGUUAAGGAUUUGGUGGUUGAUAUGACCAAUUUCUAUAACCAGUAUAAGAGUAUUGAGCCUUGGUUGAAGAGGAAGAAUCCUGCUACUACUCCUGGGAAAGAGUAUCUUCAAAGUAAGGAGGAUAGGAAGAAGUUAGAUGGAAUGUAUGAGUGUAUUCUUUGUGCUUGUUGUAGUACUUCUUGCCCUAGUUAUUGGUGGAAUCCUGAAUCUUAUUUGGGUCCUGCUGCUUUGCUUCAUGCUCAUCGAUGGAUAGCUGAUAGCCGUGAUGAGUACACUGAGGAGCGACUAGAGGCAAUUAAUGACGAGUUCAAGCUGUAUAGGUGCCAUACUAUUAUGAACUGUACUCGUGCCUGCCCAAAGGGUUUGAACCCUGCAAAGCAGAUCCAACAGAUUAAACGUCUCGAGCAGCAUGCUAAGUGAUGAUGCUAAUUUUCCAGUUCUUGAUGUUUAGGGUUUCUAUCAAAUGUUUCAGUGCAGUAUGUACACUGAAACAUGCAACUUGGAAUAUUUAUUGCAAGCCUAUUUGUGCAGGAAAAUAAUUUGGGAACUGCUAGUCUGCAGUUACUUGAUUUGUGCCAGUGCUUCUAUGGCAUUUUUAUUUUGUUAUAUUGAAGUGUAUUGAUUCAUAAGAUUAUCAGGGGUGGUUAAUAAAUUUAGGUUGUGAUGUUCUCCUUUUGCUGCUUAUAUGGAGAGAGCACUGUGUGUUCGAACUAGAUUGUACACCACCUUGAAUAUCUUUACAUCUAAGACCCCUGUUAUUGGAAAUUUAUACAAAAUUAUGUGGUCAAGGCUAAA